UCUUCCGUCACUUGCUGCCGUCGACGAUUAGGAUUUCCCCGGCUUUUCUUUUCUCCAAAUUCCCCAAAGUCGUAACGUACAGAUAGGUUUAGGAGCAAAGAUUCCGCAGGGAGACGAAGCGGAGCCGUACCAAUUAGCUCAGAAUCCGACACUGAGAAGUAGGAAGAGGAGGAGGAGAGGGACAUGGACACUACAUAUCUCUCCCUCCCUGCCAAACGAACCAUUCAUCUCGCUGCCGGAGGAAUGUCCGACCCCAACAAGCGGUUGAAGCACCUUCCUCCAUCUCCGAAUCAACAUCAGCAUCAGCUGCCCGUGCCUCCUGGCCACGUGUGCUUCCGCCUCCUCUGUCACUCCUCUCGCGUCGGAGGCGUGAUUGGCAAGUCCGGCAGCAUAGUCAAGCAGCUCCAGCAGCAGACCGGCGCCAAGAUCCGUGUUGAGGAAGCUCCGGCCGAGUGCCCCGACAGAGUCAUCUCCGUAGUCGCUCCCGGUGUUGUCAAUAGUGGUGAAAUUGAUUGUUCCAAAGCCCAGGAAGCUUUGGUCAGGGUGUUCGAGCGGAUUCUGGAAGUAGCUGCCGAGACGGAUGGGGGAAGUAUUCCUGCAGGAAGGGUGGUGUCCUGUAAAUUGUUGGCGGAUGGGAGCCAUGCUGGGUCUGUGAUUGGCAAGGGAGGGAAGGUUGUGCAGAAGAUACAGAAGGACUGUGGUGCUAGAAUCAAGGUUAUGAGGGAUAAGUUACCUCUUUGUGCUGCUUCAACGGAGGAGAUGAUUGAGAUUGAAGGGGAACUUAUAGGGGUGAAGAAGGCACUGGUUGCCGUCUCUCGCUGUCUUCAAGAUUCUCAACUAUUUGAUAGGACAAGAAUGACUGGCAGCAAAGCUGUUGAGGUGGUUCCUCAAGAAUAUUUCCCUGAGGCGCGGUUGGAUGUACUGUCACAACAUACCUCACUUCUAGCUGCCACACCAAAUAUCUCUACAUCUUACAUUUUAGGAGGUCAUUCUUUGUCAUUGGAAUCUGAAAAGCCGCCCAACCAGGAAACAAGGGAAUUAGAAGAGGAAGUUUCUUUUAGAAUCCUUUGUUCAAGUGAUAGAGUUGGGGGUGUCAUUGGAAAGGGUGGCAGCAUUAUCCAGGCUCUUCAAAAUGAGACAGGUGCUUCAGUAAUUAUUGGACCUACAGUGUCCGAUUGUGAUGAACGAUUAAUCACUGUUGCAGCAUCAGAGAAUCCAGAAUCUCGAUACUCUGCUGCACAGAAGGCGGCAGUCCUCGUUUUCACAAGAAUUGUGGAUGCUGGGAUUGAAAAGCGGCUGGAAGGCUCUCUUAACGGAUCCUCUGUCACAGCCAGGAUGGUAGUCUCAACAAACCAGGUUGGUUGUCUGUUGGGGAAAGGAGGGGUGAUAAUUUCAGAAAUGUGCAAGGUUACUGGUGCUAGCAUACGGGUAUUAGGACGUGGACAACAGUUGCCAAUGUGUGUUCCAAAGAGUGAUCAAGUCGUACAGAUUUCAGGAGAUUUGAUCAAGGUAAGAGAUGCAAUGUACCAUGUUACUGGCAGGCUCCGAGACAACCUGUUCUCGAGUUUACGGAGCACUUCUAUGACAAGGACCCCUAUAUCAACUGGAACCAAUGCCUGUGAAAGUCAAAGGAACAUAUCAAGGAUCCCUCUAAGGGAACCAUUAAGGGAGCCAUCAAGGGAAUCUUUCAUAGACCAGUAUAAGUAUCCUUCGGGGGACCCCCCAAGGGAAUCUUUCUCGGAUCCGUAUAGGCAUUCUUCAGGGGACUCGUCAGGGGAAUAUUUCACGGACCCAUAUAGGUACCAUUUGGGGGAUCGAUCAAGGAAAUCUUUCACGGAUCCCUAUAGUUAUCCUUCAGGAGAGCAACUGAGGGAAUCUUUCAUAGAGCCAUUGAGGGAGCCACUUGGGGGUUCAUUCAGAGACCCAAUUAGGGAUCAUUCUAGAGACCGAUUAAGAGAUCAACUGACAGAUCCUAUUCCUCUUUCCUCACAGUUUUCAGUUGGCACUUCUCAUAGUUUAGGUCGACAUUCUAAUCUUGCACAGAGUUUGGAUCAUCUAGGUUUUUCUCAUGUUCAGGAUCGACCCCUGUCCCCAAAGACGUGGACGCCUCAGGUCAAGUGUCCUCUCCCCACUGUUUCUCUUGUGGAUGCUGUGGUUUUAUGGUCUAACGCUAUGAAAACCGGGGAAAAUACAAGAGGCUUUGCUGAUGUUAGCAGAGGAUUAUCUUCCUUCAAAGGAGGCCUUCACCUGGCCAGUUCCAGCAAGUCUGCAAUUGUCACAAAUACAACUGUGGAGAUUGCGGUACCUGAAAGCAUUAUCGACUGUGUGUAUGGUGAAAAUGGGAACAAUCUGGUUCGUUUGAGACAGAUCUCAGGUGCCAAGGUUAUAGUGCAUGAACCUCGUGUAGGAUCGAGUGACAGGAUUAUUGUUAUAUCUGGGACACCUGAUGAAACCCAGGCAGCACAGAGCCUUCUUCAAGCAUUUAUUCUCACUGGACAAACAUGAAUAAAAUCCACACCCAUGGUCAGAUAUCAUAUAUAUGUUAGAAUCGCUGGGAAAAGAACUACAACUCUUGCAUUUGUUACUUUCUGUUUCGAUUUGCCCUUGUGUCGUCAAUCUUCGGGGUAGGCUGUAUAUUAAACUUCAUUCCAAACUACGCCGAAACCUUCUCUGUUCAAGACUCUUUGCACUGCAAACCAUCAACAUUAGUUUAACUCCAUUGCAAGCUGAGUGUUGCUUUCAAUAACCAUUUGCUGCAUCAUUAUCUCCUUUGCACGUGUAUAGAUUCGGGGGUUUUGUUCAUAACUGUAGUGAAAUGACUCCCCCAAAAUCCAAAGACGGUAUUCAACUCUGCAAAUGAAUGCAAAAAUAUCCCUAGUGUUUGCACAUUGCUGAAUUUAGUGAUCCCAUUUUCCAGUUGGUUCAUGGACAAGGAGAUAGAUAAGUUCUGAUGACUUGGUCAUUCUUUAUAUCAAUCACUGAGUCUUCCAAAAUGGAGGUAUAUAUAGGGUCAGCAAUCUUAAAAAAACUGGUUGUCACUGUUCUGCAACAAUCUUAAAAAAUGGAGGUAUAUAAGAAUUGGCACUUAGAAUAGAUGGAAAGUAGAAGCAAGGUCAUCUGGGUUCUUCCCCAGAGCUUUUGCAACAGUCUUGCAUUAUGAUAGAAUAGAAUGAGGGGUAUUAUCAACAAGCGCCAUCUUGAUUGAGUGAAGGAUAACAUGGUCUUCUGCUACAAUUGGUGCUCGUCUGCUCGACAAAGAAUUCUGUCUUUCCGACCAUCGAAGAAAAAGUUUCAUCGUGAUAGUCACAGUUUCCAUGUGGAUCGAGCAAUAUGAUUUGAGAUCAAUGAACGCAACUAAGUUAAUACUUCUGGGGAAGGAGUUGGUUGUUGAAGGGUUUACAGUUUACACUUCGUUGCCUUCUAUAUACGUUGUCAACAAUAUAUGAGUUGAUUGACGACUUGGGAUGAGCAAGUCAAUCCGAGUGAAAACAACCCCUUAAAAGAAAUAAAAAUAUGGUGUGAAAAAUGUGUCAAUCGAGUAUUAAAGCAUGAGUGGAAUUAUCGGUCUAUGAGGAAUUGAUACAAGUUCAUAUUUAAUUGACCUAAUGGAAGCAAACCGUAAAAGGAAAAUAGUUUUGGUUGUAGACUAAGAAGUAAAAAUUUAAACAAAUUAGCAUUUUUGGAGAACUCAAUCGAGAAAGCUCUUCCCGAAACACCGAAGUUCACUAUCAAACCUCACUCGAUUCACUUCUACUUACUAAUAACCUUACCUAUAAGAUUAUAAUUAUCCCCACUAAAAAUUAAUACAUAGUUAAUUUGAUUUCUACCGUAACUAGAUUAACUAAUUAGCUUGAAGAACGAAAUUUGUAUCGUGAUUGCAUAAUUUUAGCUUACCAAGUCGUCGAUCAUAAUCAGAACUAAUUAGAUUAACUAAAAUUUAUACAUAAUUUUAGUUGAUCAUAACCUCAUACCUUUAUUCAUGUUGUGUGGAAAUAUUUAGUUGACUAAAAGUUUUGGAGAUGAUUUGGGAGUAGUCUCAAGAGUCGAUCUGGAGUAGCUUUGUUAAACACUUAAAUCUGGGUUUGUCUCCGUUGCAUCAUCAUAAUCAGAAGUAUCAUAAUAUUGGACUAUCUUUUGAGAUGGGAUGUCAUUGGCAGAGGCGAAACAAUGAUCCUCUCCACCUUCCUUUUAACUUCUCUAAUGAUCACUGAAUGAGUGAUUUCUAGUAACUUCAAUCCCUGGGUUGGCUUAGGAGAAGCUAAUUGAUGGAUCUUUUUACAUUAUAGCCAUGCAAAAUCUUCAUUCUUCAAAAUUUAGUUUUACCAUCCACAU